AGAAGCAAAUUGGGCACCGAACAUGCUGCUUGACAUAAACAGUACUGCUGUGAUAUAAAUGUUGAUUUACAUGUUGUUUUUCGUCGUAAGGGGCCUUGGUUAAGUUGAGCGAAGAUGACAGUGGAAGAGUUUGUUUAUAAGACUCUAGAGCUGCUUCUGGAGGAGAGAGAGGCAGAGAUACAGGAGACAAGACUGUGGCAGGAGAGUGUGUCCCUGAAGGAGCUCCAGAGUAAAGGUGUGUGUUUGCUGAAGCUGCAGGUGGGGUCUCAGUCCACUGGUCUCUAUGGACGCACUGUGGUCAUCUUUGAGCCCAGGAAACAUUAUGGAGUCGCUGCUCUGCCCAGCAACAGCUUCAGCCCAGGGGACAUUGUGGGCUUGUACGACAGUGGAGGCUGCAGUGCUUCUUCUCAGAUCGGCUCAGGUAUCGUCACUCGAGUUGCCCAGGGAUCGCUCAGUGUGGCUUUUGAAGACGGCAUCAAUGUAGAGACCGAUUCUCUCUACAACAUACUGAAAUUAGCAAAUGAUGUCACAUACAAACGAAUGAAGAAUGCAUUGAACAUGUUGAAUGGAUAUAGUAAUGGACCAGCUGCCAGUCUCAUCAGUGUCCUUUUUGGGGAUUCUCAACCUUCUGCAAUGCGCACAAAAUGUGAUGAAAUAAAAUUCUUGAACCCAAAUCUGGAUGAGUCUCAGAGAGAGGCCGUGUCAUUUGCUCUGUCCCAAAAAGAGCUGGCGAUAAUCCACGGUCCCCCGGGAACAGGGAAGACCACCACAGUUGUAGAGGUCAUCUUGCAACUUGUUAAACAGGGACACAAGGUGCUGUGUUGUGCGCCUUCAAACGUGGGUGUAGAUAACCUGGUGGAGAGACUGGCCCAGUGUAAGGCGAAGGUGCUGCGUCUGGGUCAUCCUGCCCGAUUACUGGAGUCUAUUCAAAAGCAUUCUUUGGAUGCAGUGCUUGCUAACAGCCACAGCGCUAGCAUCAUCACAGACAUCCGCAAUGACAUGGACAAAGCUAUUCUGGGGCUGAAGAAAAACAAAGGUGAGCGAGGGGAUUUGAAAAGAGAACUUGGUGAAUUGAGAAAAGAGCUGAGAAGUCGAGAAGCUGCAGCCAUCUCAGAGAUUCUGCGGACAGCCGACGUAGUGCUGUCCACAAACACAGGUGCCCACGCAGAGGGGCCCCUGAAGCAGCUGGCCCCUGAUCACUUUGACUGUGUGGUGAUAGACGAGUGUGCUCAGGGUCUGGAGGGCAGCUGCUGGAUCCCUCUGCUCCGAGCUCGCAAGUGUGUGCUGGCAGGGGACUACAAACAACUGCCCCCCACCAUCAAGUCUCAAAGUGCUGCAUCCAGAGGCCUGUCCCUGAGUCUGAUGGAGCGUCUCAUUCAGCUGUAUGGGGAUGCAGUGGUCCAGAUGCUCACCAUACAGUACAGAAUGAACAGUGCCAUCAUGGACUGGGCCUCCAAAGAAAUGUACCAGGGCAGACUCACUGCACACAGCUCCGUAGAGGCUCAUUUAUUAAAAGAUCUUCCUGGAGUGAGUGAAGUGGAGGUGACGUGUACACCACUGCUCCUCAUUGACACUGCAGGCUGUGGUCUGAAUGAGACUGAAGACACCGACGAACUGUCCAAAGGAAAUACAGGUGAAGUGGACAUUGUUGAACUGCACAUAAAGGCUCUGACAGACGCUGGAGUUAAAGACAAAGAUAUCGCAGUUAUUGCUCCUUACAAUUUACAAGUGGAUCUUCUGAGGCAAAAGCUGUCUGCUCGACACCCACAUCUGGAGAUCAAGUCGGUGGAUGGAUUUCAAGGCCGUGAGAAAGAAGCUGUUGUACUGUCUUUAGUCCGCUCCAACAGGAAAGGUGAGGUUGGAUUUUUAGCUGAAAACCGAAGAAUAAACGUAGCUGUCACUCGCGCAAGACGUCACAUCGCCGUAGUGUGCGACACUCAGACUGUUCAGAACCACCCUUUCCUCAAGUCUCUGAUUGAUCAUAUCACCCAGUUUGGCGAGGUCCAAACAGCGUUUGAAUAUCUCCAGGACAUUGUUCCUCAGAAUUAUACUCGCGAUCGGAAAGACACCAAACCAAAAGCAGCUGUCAAGUCUACCUCUAGUGAUCAGAAAGUGAAAAAUAUUCCAUCAAGCAGGACCAAGCCAGUCAAAGCAGAUCCCAGUGGUAAAGAGGCAAGUAGUAGCAAGAAUCAUAAACCAUCUACAAAGGAGCAGAACGAGAGCAGAUCUAGUGAAAUAAGAAAGCAGUUGGAGACAUUUAAGAAUGACAAAAGUCUAAAUGAACAACACUUCCCCCCAUCGCUGAAUUCCCAUGAUCGUAUGUUAGUGCACCAGAUGGCUGAGGAGAUGGGUCUACUGCAUGAGAGUAGAGGUGAGGGCAAAGAACGCAGUAUUUCUGUGUCCAAAGUUAAAACACAACAUACUACAGCACCGGCUAAGGAGGAGGAAGAAGAAAAGAGGAGAGAAGAGGUGGAGGCAAAAUUGGAAGUACCUCAAACAGUCGUGGAAAAACAAAGUGCCACGGAUCCAGCUACGCAGACAUCCAUAGAUCUAAAAAGUCUUCAUUUAGAGCGCAUGAAACGAGAGCAACAAAAACGUGAGGAAAAUGCUAAACAAAAGAAGCAGCAAAGUAAUGUUCAGUCAGUGCAACCACCGUUUAAAAAGUCCACAAAAGCUAAGAAGCAGACCAAAUCAGGAGCGUGUGAGAUUGCUGCAGCCUCCUCUAGUGACACAGACUUUGACACUCUCAUCAGUGCGGUGGUGAAGGCCGACAGUGUGUGCAGUUUCAUCAAAUGUAAAGCUUCGGUUCUAACUCUGGGCCAGCUCUGUAUGUUCUGCAACCGGCAAUACUGUCUCAGCCACCACAUCCCAGAGGUCCAUGGCUGUGGGGACAAGGCCAAAUCUCACGCCAGGAUGAGAAUCAGUAAAGAGGGAGUUCUUUAUGCUGGCAGUGGGAAAAAGGACACUUCAGUUGACCCCAAUAAGAAAGCCUAUCUGCAGAGGAAACUGGACUCCAAAUUAAAAGACAUGGCAACACAGAGGAAAACAAAGAACAAAGAAAAAGAUGGGUAAAGCUCCUCAAACGAGUGUCAUUUAUUUGUCAUGAGUAAACUUCCUUAAUGCCCCUCACCUAUGUGCUUUUAUUCCUUAUUUGGGUUAAUGAUCAGAGAUCUUUCAGUUUCAGUUAUAAAAUUCUACUCUACAAGGUUGCAAUUACAAUUUUCAAGUGACUUUCUUCUAUUUUACAAAUCAAGAGAAAUAUUAUAUGUAUUAAAAAUAUAUAAAUAAACUUGCAAUUUUAAUGAUCAAAAUCAGCAAGACUAUUAUGUAAAGUAUAAAAUGUGUAGGUUUAGGCCUCUACAAAAAUGUCCAGCAGUGUAUUUGAUCAUUUAGUUUAUCAUUUAAUAUUUUGAUUAAUGCUCCCAGGUGAGGUGUAUUUAAAGGUGCACUAUGUAACCUUUCUGGUAAGGAGCUUGCAACCUACUCUCUCUAAUUGAAAGGGUAGAUAAUAAUAAUAAUGCCUUACACUUGUAAUGUGCUUUACAGGCUUGUCAAAGCGCUACACUACAGUCAUUAUUCAUUCAUUUCCACACUUGGUGAUGGUAAGCUACUAUUGUAGCCACAGCUGCCCUGGGGAGACUGAUGGAAGCGAGGCUGCCAAUCUGCGCCAUCGGCCCCUCCAACCACCACCUAUCAUUCACGCACACACCACUUUCAUACUAGGCAAUGUGGGUGAAGUGUCUUGCCUAAGGACACAACGACAGAACUUGGUCCGAGCGGGACUCAAUCCUCCGACCUUCGGGUUGGGGGACCAACACUCUACCCACUGUCGCCCCUGUCGUAGAUUGCAUUUUUUGCCUGGAAUGUUUCCUAGUAUGGCAUUUAACUUAUUUAAUUUACAUGUAUUCAAUUACAGGCUUUUUUUAUUGCUAAGAAAAUCUUAAAAUUCACCUCUCCCUAGAAAUGACGUUGCGUGGUAGCUUCACUUGCUUGGGUCCAAAUAAGUUUAAUGCCAUACACUGGAAUAUUCUUGGCAAAGCAAUAACAUCUUCAUCGAGAUAAGCAGGUGGCAGACUCCCCACCUUAAAGGUUAAUCUAAAUAUUUCAAAUCAAGUCACAGAAUUUAUUAAGAAUGCAAGUUUUCCAUGAUGUUUAAUUUUAGUUUAUUCCAUACUGAUGUUAAUAGUCUGAGCACAGAUUAUGAUAGGACUAGAGAUCUUUCCUUUCUCAUACAAUCCAGGGGAAAAAUAAGGAAAAAUCUUCUCUGUAAACUUGUCUCUAAAUGUGUGCAUUAUUGUCAUGUCCGUAUUGUUAAUGAACACCACUUUGCCUUUGCCAUA